GGAAUAGACCGGUCAAGGUAUAAUGUUGAAUAAGGGGAUGUGCUUGUUUUCUUUUGCCAGGGAACUUGAAAAGAAGAGGCUGUCAAGAUGUUUGAGACUGCCGGCACAUCAGUUGAUCCCAAGAAGGGCCUGACUCUCGAUGACCUCAUCGCGGCCAUCGACCGACAUGAAAGGAACCCGAGCAACAUCCCAAAGAUCGAUACUUUCCAUUUCUGUGGGGAGAGAGUCUCAGAAUGGCUAGAGUGGGUGGAACAAGCUUUGGUCGGGCGGUCGGAUGUUGUAAAGUUUCAACGCAUCCUUCAGUAUGUCCUCCACAGCUACCAUCAGGAGGUGAAGAAAGUCAUAGAUGCGGCUCAAGGUAGCUGGGAGAGGUUCAAGGAGGGGAUGCAGAGGAAAUACCGCAUGGGAGAUGGGUUGUUGACUACCGCGGACCUUGAAGCAAUGAACAAAGAGGAUUUUACGACUAUAGGGGCCUUUGUUCAAGAAUUUAAGAAAAGGGCGCGGAAGGUCCAUGGGAUUUCGGAGGAAGCACAGUGCGCCAUCUUCCUGGGGCUACUCACAGCGUCGGAGGCCGUCGAGUUGACGAGACAUGGAGGAGGUAGCACUAAGUUCACCUGGGCCACCAUGGAUAGAGGGGUGGAAGUUGGGUGCUUGGACCAGGUGGAACAACGUCAGGGUACUCAACGAGAGAGCAGGCUGGGCGACGUGGGGAGACGUGUAGGGAAGGAAGUGAUAGAGGUUGGAGAGGACACGCCCCCACAGGCGCCAGCGGUGGAUUUGAGACCCGGGGAUGCACCAGGGAGCACUCGUCAGGCAGAGGAGAGAUUGCGAAGAGAGGAGGCCCCACUUCCUUCAUCAGAGAGGGCUCCAUCGCCAGAGGGGAGAGCCGGCAGGAGGAGAGAAAGGGCAGCUGUAAGGGGGGAAGCCUUGACCCUGAUUGAUAGGCACAUAGCAGCUUAUGCCCUGGAGCAUCCAGACCUGGAGGAGCCAGCACCUGCAGAGCCGCGCCAGGAGCCGUACCAACCUGAGAAGGAGAUGGAAGCAGAAAUCCCAAAAAGGGUCGACCUCCGCACGAGGGAAAGGGUGCCAGCUGGAGAGACGGCUGAAGAAAAGAGGGCGAGAAGAACCAGACGGAUAGAUAAGAUAUGGCAGGAGAGGCAGAGGUUGGAGGCAGCGGGGGAGCUUCCGGAGCAGCAACAGGAGAGGCAGAGAUCGGAGGCAGCAGGAGCACUCCCAGGUCAGCCACCCAGCGCGCCAGCUAGGGCCCCGGAGAUUCCUGAGAUGUGGAGAGACUUCUGGGAGCAGAGAGGAGAGGAACUUCCAUCGCCAGUCAGAGCCGGGUUUGGGGUGGCCAGGAAGGCGGAAGAGAGGUUAGAUCGUAAAAUCAAGUUCCUGGCCAAGACCACUUUUGACCGGCACUUGUUAUUGGAGGGCGAUCUGACAGGGAAGAAGAUGAAGGAAGCAAGCCAUGGAGUACGCCUGGAGGCUAUGGAGAUGGAAAUUCAGGACAGCCAGGCAGCUAUCAUCGAGAGCCUGAGGCAGCAAACCCAGGGAAGGGUGGACAGGCCAGAGAGCAGCAGGCAGGGAGAGCAGAGGCAGCCAGGACAGGGAUUGCCAGGACAACCAUCUGCAGCAGAGCCUCGCCAGGAGCCACCUAUGGGGAGGGUUAUCCUAGAGCCACAGGAAGCGAGAGCCCAGAGACAGGCGAGGAGAGAGGCAUUCGAGUUCAGAGCCCCUACCGAGCUCGCGACACUGCCGGUAGCAGCAGCGGGCCCAGUCGUACCUUUGGCAGUAGAAGAGGGGCUGCCACCAUCUAGCAGUGAGACGGCACAGGGCUCAGCAGAGGGUCCAUGAGCGUGCUCCUUGAGGUGGUGCAUACUAUGUAGGAGGAGGUGAGUUUGUUUUCACCCGAGCAGAGGAUAGAGGAGCCUCUUGAGAGA